AAAAACACCGAAGGCAAGCCGCCCUACUCCUACGCCACGUUGAUCAAGUACGCUAUUGAAAACAGCCAGCAUAAAAAGCUGACGCUCAGUGAAAUUUAUCAAUGGGUCAUUGAGCACUACCCAUACUACAGCACCGCCGGCACAGGAUGGAAGAACUCUAUCCGUCACAAUCUGUCAUUGAACAAAAGCUUCGUGCGUGUACCGAGACCAAUCAACGAACCUGGCAAAGGCUCGUACUGGAUUGUAGAC